GUUUUUUUACUCAUCACUUCAAGACUAAGGGGUUCUCAUGACAGCUAUGAUGGAAAAUGUCUCAUAAAUAGUUGCGCAAAUACCUUUCUAGCCUCAGUCCAUCCAAGGAUGAUGAGGGGUCCAUUUCAAGCAAUCGUGGUUGUGAUUUUAUCCUACUCUGCAAUCUCCAGAGCUACGAUUAAGAUCGAUUCCUUGGAUGAAAUCCCGUCGCCUUUGAAUGUUCCAAGGCAUCAAUAUGGGCCUGUUGAUGUCCUGGAAACGUUUUCGCAUGCAACAGCAAAGCGAUCCCAAGGCGACUCAGAUCCUGAUAUGUUCGGAAAUCUCAGGGACCUCCUUUUCAAUCUCGAAACCGUCCUGGACCGGAAUCAGCGUUCAAACUUACCGCCCAAAGCAGGUUUUGGAAAAUUGUGGCGGAACUAUGGAAAGCGGACUGAGAUACCGCAAGAGCUGAGCCCAAGCAAGGGGCUUUGGGCAAAAUCACCUGCCAACGCCAAACGAGAGGAGUACAGGUUGCUGAGUCCUGUCCAAGACUUGAUCAGACAAUCCAAAGACAGCCCAUUCGAGGAUAAAGGGCGACUGAGAUCUGAUCCAUCAUGGGGUCCAUCGGGUCAGGGCAUCAACUGGAGUCCUUACAAUAAAAGAAACCAAUACAUGCUACUGCGUAAGGGUCGUGACACGUCGUCAGAAGAAUCGAAAAUGGAAUUACUUCAAAUUACUGAUAAUGAGCCCUCUCAUAUUGAGACAAUGAAGGAACAAGAUAGAAUGUCCAAACUGAGAAGUAAACGUUAUUCAGAGAUUGGAAAGAAGAAGAACGAUUCCGAAUAUCUCCUGCGGUUUGAUCAAUACUGAUCUGGGCAAGGAGCCCAAAAUUGCAUUAGCCCUUCAUUUAUCUUGUUACCAUAUGUCUAUAAUCAUCAUCACAUAACACAUCCAAGAGGCUGGAUGGUCAUAUCAAAAUGAUACAAUUUCAUAUGCUAUACUGAGUGACAAUUUCCAUAAAUGAAUUCCGUUGUAAUUACUACAUUUGAUCUUACCCCUAUUUACACCCACCGACAAGCAAGGGUUGAAAUAGAUCCAGUGCACACUGUUAAUCAAUUGUACAUGAAUAGUUGUUGUUGCAGAUCAAGAGAAUGAACCACCUCGAAAGCAGCACCAGGUUUGCAA